AUGGUGAACUACUUCGGGAAGUACUUCGGCCUUCGUGGCCAUUGGCUGAACUAUGCCAUCGGUAUCAUUGCGGGAUGUGAUUUCCUGCUGUUUGGAUACGAUCAGGGUGUCAUGGGUGGCAUCCUCACCAUGCAUCAGUUCCUCGAGCAAUUCCCGGAAAUUAACCCAGACGAAGCCAAUAUCCUGCCGGAGGUCCAACGGAGUCGGUCUACGACGCAAGGAAUAUCCGUCGCCGCGUACAAUCUCGGCUGCUUUGUCGGCGCCGUCACCACCAUCUUCAUCUCGAACCCGCUCGGCCGAAAACGGAUGAUCAUGCUCGGCACAGCCAUCAUGAUUGUCGGAGCUAUACUGCAGGCUACCGCUUUCUCCCUCCCGCACUUUAUCAUCGGGCGUAUCAUCACCGGUCUCGGCAACGGCGGUAACACGUCGACUGUGCCGACUUGGCAGUCCGAGACAUCGCACGCCCACAAGAGAGGCAAACUGGUCAUGAUUGAAGGCGCCUUGAUCACUGGCGGUAUUAUGAUCAGUUACUGGAUCGACCUUGGCAUCAGCUUCGUCGACACCAGUGUCGCUUGGAGAUUUCCCCUCGCUUUCCAGAUAGUCUUCUGUGUCUUCAUCCUGGCCUUCAUUUGGAACCUUCCCGAGAGCCCCAGGUGGUUGAUCCUCAAGAAUCGCGAGGACGAGGCCCGCGAGGUCCUUGCCGCCCUGUCAGACGUUAGCGUCGACGAUAGGAUCGUCGAGAACGAGUUCAUGGCUAUCAAGGAAACCGUCCUGGAAAUGUCCAAGGGGUCUUUCAAAGACCUCUUCACCAUGGAUAAGGAGCGGAACUUCCACCGGACAAUGCUGGCGGUCGUCAACCAGAUGUUCCAGCAGAUUUCCGGUAUCAAUCUGAUCACGUACUACGCCCCGGUCAUUUACCACCGCCUGAACAUGAGCGACUUCAUGGCCCGACUCCUUGCCUCCAUCAAUGGCACCGAGUAUUUUCUUGCCUCGUGGCCCGCGGUCUUCCUUGUGGAGCGCGUUGGUCGACGAAAGCUCAUGCUCUUCGGUGCCGUCGGUCAGGCCGUCUCCAUGGCCGUCCUAGCGGGUACAAAUUAUGCCAGCGAAGCUUACGGUAGCAGCGGGGCUCAGAUCGCCGCUGUCGUUUUCCUGUUCGUGUUCAACUCCUUUUUCGCAGUUGGCUGGCUAGGAAUGACUUGGCUAUACCCUGCGGAAAUCACGAGUUUGCGAAUCCGGGCACCCGCCAAUGCACUGUCUACGUCCUCAAACUGGAUCUUCAACUUUCUCGUCGUGAUGAUCACGCCGGUUGCGUUUGCCAAUAUUCGCUACCAGACGUACAUCAUCUUUGCCGCCAUCAACGCCUUCAUGGUGCCGGCAGUGUAUCUGCUCUUCCCCGAGACAGCGUAUCGGUCGCUCGAGGAGAUGGAUUCCAUCUUCCACAAAGUGCGCGGGGCCCGGGGCUGGUUCGACGUUGUCGGUGCGGCCAAACGCGAGCCCCGCCGCUACGGUAAGAAUGGCGAGCUGCUCAUCGCCUACGACGAGACCGACGAGCACAAGGCCCACCUACCACAGCCUGCGGAACACCGAGAGCACGGUGGCGGGUCCGGAUCCGGCUCACCCUCUCUCACGGACGCAGAAAAGGGAGGCCAGGGCACCUCCCUCUUCAUCGAAAACCAGAACCGCGAGUAG